UCCAUGUCCGCGCGCCAGGCCCGCCCCCUCCGCCGCCGGCCCGAGCCCGCCCGACCCUCUUUCAAUUUUACCUUAGGGUUUGGCGCCAAAGCAGCCUCGAAGCGGGUCCCGUGUCUGCGGCGGGCGGCCCCCGGCGCGGAGGGCAGGGCGCGGAGAGCCCCGGCUCCCGGCGUCGGCGGAUGGCGGGAGCCCGGGGGCCGCGGGCUCGCGGGGCAGCUGGCGAGAGACGAGAUGCCGAGGUGGGAGCAGGGUAGCGGGGACGGGCCCGGGGGCGCCGCCGGGGUCGCGGGGAAGGGGGGGUUUGUUAUUGUUUUUGUCAGUGAAAGGUCAGAGUUCGUGACCCCGGUGCCGCCGCCGCCGCCGCCCGCGCGCUGGUAGGAGGAGGGCGAAUGUUCUUCUUCCUCUUCCCAGCGCCAGCCUCGCCGCGGCGGCGGGGGGCGGGCGAGCACGCGAUUGGCUGAGGCGCGCGCGCGCACCGGAACGCCGCAGCCGGCGCUUGGUCCAUCCGGCCCUUGGGCUACGGGGCCCCGGGCGGCGGUUGCGGCAGCUGCUGAGCUCGGUCGUGGCGGGGCGGGCGUAUCUGUGGCUUAAAUGGCGCAGGCGCCGGGGCCUAAAGGCCGAAAAGCUAGCGGUCCUAAAAACUCGUGGAUGUCGCGCACGGUUACCCGGGCACAGGCCGUCCCUCGGGGGAACCGCGAAGUCCUCACAGCUGAGUGGGUACUGUCCUCGCAGUGGCGGCCUCCACCCCGGCCUCCAGUCUAGCCGGGGCUCGUAAAGUCUCUGUUGAUGGAAGAAGCGGGGCCCUGACUAGCGCGACGGAUUCGCCCAGCCGCUCAGUAGGGCGCCUGUAGGUCGAAGUGGGGGUUGUAUUGGGUGGGAAUUGAGCUCUUCUGGCCUUCCUCGGUACAGAUAGCUUUUAAUUUAGGUUUUAAAGGUCCAAAGAUGCGUCCGCUCUGGCCAUCGCAGGUGAAGUGUUCAAACUCCCUAGAAUCUGUAAUUUUUUCUUAAUGAACAUACGAUCCAGAUCUUGUGUAUUUCCAUGCCCUCCCCGAGAUAUGAAAGUAGUAAAUGGUAAUAGGUAGGAAUGUGUAAAGCAGCUUUUAGCAGCAUUGCUUAAAUUUAUAUGAAGAAAAUGGCCUGUCUUGAUCUUAAACUCUUGGGCUGUAAGUUUUCGUUACAUAUUUCUCUCUCUCUCCUGUUGUGGUUUUGACUUGCCUGGGAAGGUGCAGGUGUUUAUUUAUCCUAAAUGCCCUGAAGUGUUGAGACUACAGGUUGUAGGUCUUGUACUAAGUGAUUUUUUUUCUUCAGUUUUCUUGCUUAUUAAGAGGAAAUACUGACUCUAGAAUGGAUGGGUUAACUUUUUUUUUUUUACACAGUACCCAUUUGGGCUUUUAUUAGGAUGACUCUAACUUCAGUAUUUUUUCCCCAUUAUCUUAUAAUAUUUCUAUUUGAUAAAAAAUGUUUUAAACAUACCUAUUUCCCCGUUUUUCUUGCUCUCACUUUGCAAAGUGGGGAAAAAGCUAGGUUUUUUUAGUCAUGGUGAAGCAUAGAUCUUGAAAUUGGAAAAGGCCUUAAGAGAAUGUCAAUUUUUUCUGGCAGAAAGGUUUUCUUAUUUUAGAGGUGAGGUGGGUGAGAACCAGAAGGUUUGCAUUAUCGAAAUGUGCUGUUUGAUGUUGGAAUACAUUUUUUUUGUUUUUUUGGGGGAGACGGAGCUUCGCUCUUGUUGCCCAAGCUGGAGUGCAAUGGUGCGAUCUCGGCUCACCGCAACAGCGAUUCUCCUGCCUCAGCCUCCUGAGUGGUUGGGACUACAGGCUUGCGCCACCACGCCCAGCUAAUUUUUGUAUUUUUAGUAGAGACAGGGCUUCAUCACGUUAAGCCGGCUGGUCUCGAUCACCUGACCUCGUGAUCCGCCCUCCUUGGCCUCCCAAAGUGCUGGAAUUACAGGCAUGACCUACCAUGCCCGGCCUGGAAUACGUUCUUAAAUAAAUGUGGAUCACUUUAAUGCACGUUUCUCACUUUAUGUUUUUUUGCUAAUGACUUAUGACUUGCUGUGUAUUUUAGAUAAUGCUAUGUAUAUUUAGACUAUGCUUUUUGUCUAAUGAUGUUAGACAAAAAGGAAAUUGGAGCAGUUUUCUUUUUUGAGUUCAAAAUGGGUCAUAAAGCAGCAGAGACAACUCAAAACAUCAGUAACACAUUUGGCCCAGAAACUAAGGAACAUACAAUGCAGUGGUGGCUCAAGAAGUUUUGCAAAGGAGAAGAGAGCCUUGAAGAGGAGGAGCCUGGUGGCGGGCAACCAGAAGCUGACAAUGACCAAUCGAGAGCAAUCAUCAAACUACAGGAAAAAUUUCAGAAGAACUCAGCAUUCACUAUCUACAGUCAUUUGGGUCGUUUGGAAUUUAAUGCAAAUUGGAAAGGUGAAAAAGCUUGAUAAGUGGGUGCCUCAUGAGCUGAGCAAAAAUCAAAAAUUUGUUCUUUUGAAGUGUCUUUUUAAUCCCACGCAAGAAUAGCAAACCAUUUCUCAAUGGGAUUGUGACAUGCAAUGAAAAAUGGAUUUUAUACAGCAACCAGCUCAGUGGUUGGACCAAGAAGCAGCUCCAAAGCAGUUCCCAAUGCCAAACUUGCACCAAAAAAAAGGUCAUAGUCACUGUUUGGUAAUCUGCUGCCUGUCUGAUCCACUACGGCUUUCGGAAUCCUGGCAAAACCAUUACAUCUGAGAAAUAUGCUCAGCAAAUUGAUAAGAUGCACCGAAAACCACGCCUGCAGCUGGCAUUGGUCAACAGAAAGGGCCUAGUUUUUCUCCAUGACAACACUUGACUGCAUGUCACACAACGAACACUUCAAAAGUUGAAGGAAUUGGGCCACAAAGUUUUGCCUCAUCCACCAUAUACACCUGACCUCUGGCCAACCAACUACCACUUCUGGCAUCUUGACAACUUUUUGCAGGGAAAACACUUCAGCAGGAUGCAGAAAAUGCUUUCCAAGAGUUCAUUGAAUCCUGAAGCAUGCAUUUUUAUGCUACAGGUAUAAAUUUAUUUCUCAUUGGCAAAAAUGUGUUGAUUGUAAUGGUUCCUAUUUUGAUUAAUAGAGAUAUAUUUGAACCCAGUUACAAUAAUUUAAAAUUCACAGUCUGGAAAUUAACUUUUGCAUCAACCUAGUAUUUCAAUGGUAAAUCCUUGCAAACAUGGAAACAAUGCACUUGGCCCAGUG